AUGCCUUGUGCAAUCACCGUUGUGCCGAGUUUCCUCGCACUGCCGCUCCCUUGCGACGCCGACCUCGCUUCCGGCAUGUUAACGCCGCCACCGCCGCCAAACUACCAAGAACAAGAAGGUGAUUCUCGCUAUGACAAGAAGAGGAGAUUACAGCAAGGCCGCGCCGGAGAGUCAAGUAGCAGACUACCACCGGAUGAAGAUCUGGAGAGCCUCUUCUCAUCGUUAACGAUCGACAGCAUCCUCUCUGAAGGAAAUUCAGGAGAUUUUUGCAAGAAUAGGAAGAGGAAAUCUGGCCAAGAACCCGCUGGAUAUUUAAACAGAUUACCGGAUGAUUAUUUGGAAAAGAUGUUGUCAUCGCUUGCGAUCCAAGAUGCCGCAGUUACUACUUCUGUUUCCGAACAAUCGGAGGAACAGGGCUCUCAUCUCGUAUUUAGUGAGCACACCGUAUUUUCUGAGGAAAGUUCAGGUUGCACCACUUCCAUUAAAUGCAAUGAUCCAGAAUCUAUGAGUUUGAGAUCAGACAAAUUCAUUGAUAGAGUAAACAACCGGCUGCUGUGUCAUGAGGGAACUGGUGUUAAUGUGUUUGAGGUUCAUUUUGAUCUGAACUCCACCCAUGCUGCCCACCUUGACAAAUGGGUCCAGUUCGCGUCAAUGUCAAAUGCACACUCUGUGAGACUUCAGUUGUGUAAAAGCGGAAUAUCCUGUUCUGGUCAUUCCAGGACUACAAGUCCUUAUAACUUCCCUUUGCAUUUUUUCGGUGAUGGACAAGCAUCCUCUUUGCGGAGGCUAUGGCUGACGAAUUGCAUAUUUGGACCAUCAAUGCGUCCCUGCAGAUUUUCCUCUCUCAUAAGCCUCUAUCUAAAGUGUGUCACGAUAACUGAUUCUGACACCCAAAGUAUUUUCUCUUGCUGCCCUGUGCUCCGCAUUUUGAUAUUGGUGAGCUGCAAUGAUUUGGUUAACAUAAGGAUUUCUAGUGAAACACUGUUCCAUUUGUAUAUAUGUUAUUGCAAGAAUUUGGUUAGUAUUGAGGUUCAUUCAACCAGCCUAACCUUCUUUGAGUAUGAUGGACAUAAGGUACUCAUCAAAUAUGCGAGUUCUCCCAAUAUGAGGAGAAUAGUAACAAAGUUCUCGAACAGAAAUUGUUCUCUCUCGACGCAUUUAAAUAAAAUGAAAAUGAUCAAGAAAGUCUCCUUGACAUUCCUUUCACCAUCUAAGGAGCCCAAUUUCAAUCUAUAUGCGAAGAAAUUCACUGUAUUGAAGUACAUCAACUUGUAUGUUUUGCCAUCUUGGAAUAAUGUUCUUGCAGUAGCUUAUCUCCUUCAAGCAACUCCUUAUGUCACAAGACUCCGUCUAGAAAUGCAGGCAUACAGCGGAGAACAGCACCAUCUGGAGAAUGUCCAAGUUAGCUGGCCCGAGGGCAUCUCUCUUCAGAAGCUCCGAUUGAUUCUUGUAGGAGGUUUCGCUGCGCAACCCCCGGUGAUCGAGCUUUUGGUGUGCCUAGCUGGUGGGUGCGGCCCCUGGUUUGAAGUUCCUCACAAUCAAUCCACGCUACCAUCAAUUGAAACGAAUGGGUAUAUGGGUGAGGGAGAAGGAUGUUGCCAAGGCGGCGAGGGAUCAUGCGUGGAACGUCGCAAGGGAAGCCAUCGGCCUUAAGCUCCCGCCGUCUGUGAGGUUUGCCCUCCGUUGAUCCGAGCGGGGCAAGUCUGGUGUUGAAGCGUUUUCUUCUGGAGAAGAGGGCUUCAGAAUAAUGAUUUUUUUAGUUUUUUUUUCGUUUUGGUGGGCUUUCUCGGAGUGUGGUGUGGUGUUGGCAGUGCACAGAGUUUAUUUUGGGGGAUUAUUUGGGCUUACACCAUAUGGUUUAUUGUUGCGUAAUGUGGAGUGAGAUAGCUGUCGUUACCGAAGUGCUCUAAUUACUUCGGUUUCUUCAAUGGAACCAGGGCCGUGACCCUUUUCCUCUAAAAAGAAACAUGAGACACACAUUUUCUUGUGGUUGCUUUCUAUCUAUAGAUUGAUUGCGGAACCUGAAUUGAACUGUGAAAUCAAGGCAGGCAACGGCGUGUAUUGUGUGUA